UACUGAGCCCACGAGCCCUAGACCUUGUGCUCCACAAGAGAAGCCACUGCAGUGAGAAGGCCACGCAACGCGAUGAAGAGCAGCCCCACCUCCACGCCUGGCUCAGCUCCCUGAGACUGGUCUCAGCUGAACGUCUCGAGGGCCUGGACGCUGAGCCCCAGCAUCGGUGGGGAGGUGCACAGACCCGACCCUGCUGGGCUGCUGGGGAGUGGGCGUCCGGAGAUGGGGGAGACAGGCCCCUUCAGGGGAGCCUCUGUCUUGUCCCCCAGACAAGGGUCAGACAGUGUGGCUCCUCCAGGCCGAGUGCCCCCGUGUUGAGGUCCACCCUUCACUGGGCAAGUCACAAGGUCCAGGGGACCCCUGCGCAGGGCUGGAUGGUGGUUCGGGGCACCUUUGGGGUGAGGCCGUCCGUGUCCUGUGUGUGGUCAGCCCCCAGGGUGUCCUGGAGUCGGGGUCCGUCCAGCACACUCUGACCACCCCCCUCAGAGGAGGUCACCAUGAAGAGUCUGGGCAGUGACGCGGGGCACAGCUCCGGCAGGUGCAGAGGGUGUGACCCCAGCGCGAUGGAGCAGGGGGGCUCCGCCUCGCCUGGCCCCGGCCCCAUUUUCUCGGGAGUCUCGGGGUGUUGUCCGGGGUUGAGUGAAGGCCGUGGGUGGCCCGCGGUCGGAUGCUCAGGAUGGAGAGGCGCCAGGCUGAGUGGGACAGACCCUGGGCAGCCCCCACACAGCACCAGUCCUUCUCCUGUCCCCCCACCGUCACAGGACCCCCUGCAGGCGGCAGCUCCCCCACCGCUCAGUGCUGCUCCUCCGCUGCUCCCACAGGCCUGUCGACGGAGCAGGUUUAUAUUCUCAUCGGGGUCUCUGUGGCCUUUCUCCUUUGUCUCUUCCUCCUGGUCCUUCUCCUCCUCCAUCGUCAGCACCGGAGAAAACGGGGGCCGCCCAGAAGCAAAGACGUGGAGCAGAGACACCAGGGGAGGCUCAGUCCAGCUGUGGAUGUCCUAGAUGGGACCCCAGAUGUGGCCAGCGUUGACAGAUUUCCUGACAUGGACGGAGAGGUGGGCACCUCGACCCCUGCUGCAGGAGGCCUCCAAGAGGUGACCUACGCCCAGCUGAACCACAAGCCCCUCACCCAGAGGGCAGCCAGAGCUGUGUCCCCGCCAUCCACAGAGCCCCUGGCAGAGUCCAGCACGUAUGCAACCAUUGCCAGACAUUGACCCCCUGCCCACCUGGCCUCUGCCCUAAAUAUGCAGGAAGUCACACUUGCAAAAGCCCGAAGUGGACAUUGGGAUGGUUUCCCUGUGGAAUGAUUCCUUUCUGGAAAGACAUCCAGUCAAUUCUCCUGUAGGCAACAGCUGGAGUCCUGAGACCCCACAUUACCUCCUAGGAGAUUCAUUAACCAUAUGGUCCCUCCCACAAGCAACUAGCUCCUUGGAGAGAAGAUGAAGCACUUGUUUCAAGAGACCCUGCUAUGGUGUUUGUUGGCUGUUUCCAGAGACCCAGCUAUAGUUCUUGGCUGUUUCUAGAGACCCAGCUAUAGUUCUUGGCUAUUUCCAGAGACCCAGGUAUGGUGCUUGGCUGUUUUCAGAGACCCAGCUAUGUCCCUACAGUUUCCCAGUGGACUUCAGACAUGUCCUGUGAAUCUUCCACUGGCCCUGGAGAUCUGUUUUGUGU